AUGACGCUCAGCCUCUCUCUGACAGCCCGGCGCUAUGCGGGCACCUCCUCAAAGACGCAGGUGUAUCAUGAGGGUCUCAUCCACACGGAGUUUACCACGGAACUGAACAUCAACAAAGAGACUCCCGUCAUCCCUAUUUUCCGCAUUCUUACUCCGGAGGGUCAUCUCGAGCAGGGCUGGGAAAAUCCCUUCUCCAAGGAGGAAACGAUCGACAUGUACAAGUUCAUGGUGCGCCUCAGCGUAUGGGAUAAUAUGCUUUACAACGUGCAAAGGCAGGGUCGUUUCUCCUUCUACAUUCAAAACCAAGGAGAGGAAGCCACUCAGGCUGGCAUCGGCAAAGCCCUCAUGCCCGAAGAUCAUAUCUUCUUGCAAUACAGGGAGUUGGGUGUGCUGAUGAUGAAGGGCUUUACACUUGAAGACACUCUUGGCCAGUUGCUUAGCACCAAGCAUGAUGAAGGCAAGGGAAGGCAGAUGCCUAUCUCUUACUCGAAGCAGAAGAUCGGACUGCACACCAUCUGCACGCCUCUCACCACUCAAGUGCCUCACAGCAUGGGGGCGGGAUACGCGUUUCGCCUCGGGAAUGAAAAGCGAAUUUCCGUUGGAUUCUUCGGGGAAGGAGCUGCAAGCGAGGGUGAUUUCCAUGCUGCCGCCAACUUUGCUGCAACCUUGAAGGGCAACACGCUGCUUGUCUGCAGAAAUAACGGCUAUGCCAUUUCCACCCCCGUGAAGGACCAGUACGCUGGCGAUGGUAUUGCAAUUCGAGGCAUCUCCUAUGGCAUGCGCACCAUCCGAGUGGACGGCAACGAUCUCUUUGCCUCUUACCUUGCCACCAAAGCUGCGCGCGACAUUAUUCUUGAAACUCAAGAGCCUGUUCUCAUGGAAUUCAUGACGUACAGAGUCGGGCAGCACAGCACUUCAGAUGACAGCUCAGCGUAUCGCCAGCCUGGGGAGCUGGAGGCGUGGAAUGCGUCUGGUAUUCUCCCGAUCGCCCGUGUGCGUAAGUACAUGGAUCAACAGGGGUGGUGGAGUGAGCAGGAGGACGAGGCAUUGCGCAAAGACGCGCGCACUGUCAUGCUGGCAAAGAUGAAAGAGGCUGAGAAGGUGAAGCGGUGGCCGAUUUUGGAGGGCCUCUUUGCCGAUGUGUGGAGCCACCCAGUAGACACUCUGGAGGAGCAGAAGGAGGCUUUCAAGAAGCACUUCGCCGCUCACAAGGAUAAGUACAACCUCAGCAAAUAUGAGGGUCUGUAA